AUGGCCGGUGUCGAGAAAUUAAAAUCCCAAAGACGUCCCGGAGCUGGUAAAAGUUCAAGAGUGUGCGGCAGCGAAUGGAUAGACCUCAGAACAGAGGGUCCAUUAGACAGCAGAGGAGCAUCCCACCCUGUCACUUGCCAGGCUUGCCCGGCACUCUCUGAAAUAAAGGCAUAAAUUCUACUCCGCAAGAAGUGGCGGUACCUCAGGGACCAAUUCGCAGUUGAGUUAGCGAAACUCAACACUUCUAGCGAAGGCUCAUACACACCAAAAUGGCCACCGUUCAAUUCUUUAAUGUUUCUGAAAGGCAUAGUCCAAUUAAGAAAAUUUAGAAGCAGAAAAAAAGUUAGACGCCCUUCAAGCACAUCUGUAGAGCCAAUCGAUGAUUCUGUUGAUGUGACGCACAUAUCGUAUCAAAUGGAAGAUGACUUAUACGAUCCUCUAGAAGAAGAUGAAGAUGAAAAACCUCCUGAAAAGAUAUUUAAAUAUUCCACAAGCAACAUCCCGAAAUUUAAAACUAGGAAACGGGAAUAUAUCCAAGAGAGAUCUAAGGAAGAAGACAAUGAAGAACACAUGUAUUUCUUCAAGAGUCUACUUCCGCACGUUCGCGAAAUCCCGCGACGACAUUUACUAUCGUUUAGAAGCCGCAUCCAAGAAAUAGUAGAGGAGUUUGCUUACAACACGGCGACUCAUUCGACUGCGAAUUAAUUUUCCGCUUCUUAUUGUAAUAAAAGACACAUUCAGCCAGUUGCACAAACAUCCAUUAAAGUUUUCAUUAGUUAAAAGCGGCGUUACCCAUACAAAGACGUUCAUUAGAGCUUAAUGGUAUCAUUAAACCUUAAUGGACGUUUGUGCAACUGAUUAGCUAUUUACCAAAGUAACGUUCGUUAAAGUAUAGUUGCAUACUAUGUAUAUACGUACUUUAUAAAGUUAAUGCAUUUAACGUUUACAUAUAUGAUAAUUACAAUUCAAGACAAUUUUGUUUUUUUGUUUUUUUCAAAUAUAGCACUCCAUGCUGCUCCGUCCACUAUCACGACCGUGCGCAUUAUAUGAGCAAAGAAAUGCGCCUGCUGUUGCUUAUAAGUUUGACGUGUUUUUGUACCCAUAUGUCUGUCGUUAGUAUCGUACUAG